GGUUCACUUUCAGGUCCAGAGUCAGCUUCAUUGUAUGCCAUAACAGAAAAACUGUAUUCUGUGUGAGGUGAAAGAGCAACGAUCAAUCCAUGGUUAUGAGUACCACGAUGAAGCAAUGUAAGAGCCUGUCCCGUUCUCCAGUAUCUCACUCGAUGACCAAUAAAUUAGCCAGUUAGCUCGAGUUCGCUCGAGAGGUGCCCAUGAAACAUUGAGUCCAGUUGAAUUGAAGGGAAAAGCUGUUACCAAACUUGGUUGAACUUGAGGCAUACUUUCAGCUGAAUGGACUUCUUUUGGUUCGCUAACUGGACCUUCUCCCAUUCUGUUGAUUGCUUGUACUUUGACCAGAUAUUUUUAGUAAUUGUUUUCCCAACAUCUAUUACAUGUACAUACAUUCCAACUUGACUUUGAUUCAGCUCUUUAGUUUGAUAAUCAUAGUCAUAUUCAUUUGAUAGUUUCCAGUAAAUUUUGUACCAAAUAGAAGACGAAUUCCAAUCUUGUGGAGGUAAUGGAUCCCAAGUUACUGUCAAAGUACCUGCUUUUCCUCCUCCUCCACCAACAUUCACUGGCGCUCUUAAGUGCCGAUUUUCUCUCGUUUUAUAUUGUGGGCUGGCAUCUGAAGGCAACCCUGACCCAAGUUCAUUCAAAGCAGACACUCUAAACUUGUAAACACUCCAAGGAGAUUAAUAGUGAAAUCGAAAAGUAAUUGGUUAGUUGCCUGGAUUUGCUUUCAACCAACUGAUGCAGGAUAAAUAUUGUAUCAACAAAUAUUCAAUCAAUGAAAGUGUCUGUUUAAACUUGGAAAAUGCUGGACCUGAAUAUGAUACAGUUAGGAAUGAUGUAUUGAAAGACGCUUCAACACUUAAAAACCAUGUCUCUCUAAUGACAACAAUACCAGCGAUAAUUUUAUCCCUCAUUUUGGGUUAUUGGAUGGAUAAAUAUCCUGGUCAUCUCCGGUAUCUUUCUAGUGUAGCAUCUUUAGCAAUCGUCUGUCAAAACAUUAUGAUUAUACAUCAAUGUCUACAUUUUGAAAUGGGCGCUGACACAUUAUUAUGGGCAAAUUUGGUAACAGCUUUUACUGGAAGCGGAAUAAUUAUUGCGUUAGGAACCUUUACUUAUGCUACAAGGAAGACACCAGCCAAGUUUCGAGCUGUUAGGUUUACAAUCAUCGAACUUUGCUUAUUUGCUACAAUGCCUACUGCAAGUCUUUUGGCUGGAGGUAAGCUUGAGUCUAAACCAUGGUUUUCGAGCCAGCUUCGUAACUAUUAAUACAUUGGAGUUUAUAUCAUUUCAUCUGUAUUAGCGGUUAUUGCAGCUGUUUGGGUUAUGUUGAUGCUAUAUGACGCUGUUGACGAGGAGGUUAAAACAGAUGAAUCUCAACUAAAUGUCGAUGCAUCAAGUUCAAAAAAUAAUGAAAGCAAGAAGAAAAAAGUGAAACAAAUAAUUUAUGACGUAAUUAAACCAGAUAAUAUCCUUCAUUCAGGUCGCACAGUUUUCAAAAGAAGACCAAAUAAUGCUCAUUGGUAUUUGAUUUCAACAAUAUUGAGUGGAUUUAUAGCAAACAUUUGUUAUUCUGAUAAACAGUACAUAGGCACACACACACACAUACCAGUUUAAUCAAAAAGUACCAUCAUCGGUAUAUCAUUGGAGUGCUAAACAAAUGGGAAAUUACGGAUCUGUUUUCAUUCUUUUCCCUGCUUUGGGUACACUUAUUGGUCCUCCUCUAUUCAUAAAUGUAAUGCAUCUUCAUGAUACUACAUUAGCCAUAAUUGGCAUUGUUUCAAUAAUGGUGGCUUUUCUUGCCAAAGGUUUUAUUCUGAGUCCCAUAGCCUACUUUUUCAUCAUAUUCGGUAGCUUCUCUGCUGUCAUUUCUCUUGCCGAUCGAUCAAUUAUUUCUCGAAUGAUUCACAAAGACGAGAUUGGUCGUGUUUAUGCAUUUUCAUCAGCUAUUGGAGGAUUUUCUUCAACAAUUUCAUCAGUGUUUUACACCAAAAUAUUUACAGCAACAUUGGACUACAAUCCUGGUCUUGUGUACAUAAUUGCUGGUUUAUUAUUCGCCAUUCCUUUAGCUAACUAUAUUUUGUUGAACAUAAAGAAGCAGAAAUGGGAUUUAGUUUUGAUUGAUGAAAAGGAAAAAGAAACUCAAGAAAACAAAGUUUAACUUAAACCAGCUAAAAAAUAACGAAUUACUAAUUUCCUUACCCGGACUUGUGGAGACAACUUUGAGGCAAAUAACAGUAUGGUUAGUGCAUUCGAUUUGUAACAUAUUCAAUCAAUUUUAAAUUAAGAAUAAAAAUACGAUGCAAAGGGGUAUGUAAAGCAAAAUCUCACUUCUGUUAAACUUUUUCAAAUAGUGAUUUUCUGACAGAGCUUGUUGAAAAACUAGGUUUAACUUGAAAAUGGGCAUUGUGAGUAUUGUGGUUAGGCCACAAUUAAGGUCGAAACUUAAACCUUUUUCGAGUCAUAUCUUAGCAACCAAACAUGAUAGACGGCUGAAACUGAAGAUAUGUCAUUUUCUGAUAUGCAAACAUUCAUAUACAAAAGCUGAAGGCUGAAAAAUGAUGCUGUCGUUAUAUUGGAUUUCGUCUAGUCCACAUGAAGUGUUGGAAACAAACAUCUCAAGAUUACUUAUUCUUUAUUCGACAGUACAAAGUCUUGAUCUUUUGCUAUAUUAAAGAACUAAUAAUUCUGUGUGAUUUUAUGCUUGUUUUAUUUAGAUCUGUUGUUCCUAAGCGUUAUUAAUGCGUUCCGUUUAUUUCAGACCGUUUAUCGGUGUUUAUGGAACCAGUGCGUAAACGGCUCUCAUCUUGCGUAGGGCUAUUGACCAAAUCAAAAGAUACAUUUUGAGACAUUGAAAAAGAUUGUAGAGUUUGAUCUGUCGAUUUAAAAACCAAAAAAGCGGAAAGUGAUUCACCUGAAUAACUUGACAACAGAAUGAGUGAGAGUCUCGAACUUUUGUAUAUGAAUGUUUGCAUAUCAGAAAAUGACAUAUCUUCAGUUUCAGCCGUCUAUCAUGUUUGGUUGCUAAGAUAUGACUCGAAAAAGGUUUAAGUUUCGACCUUAAUUGUGGCCUAACCACAAUACUCACAAUGCCCAUUUUCAAGUUAAACCUAGUUUUUCAACAAGCUCUGUCAGAAAAUCACUAUUUGAAAAAGUUUAACAGAAGUGAGAUUUUGCUUUACAUAC